GGAAAUAGAUAGAGCCUCCCAGGAGGGGGCGGGGGCGGCCUCGCAUCUCGCAAAAAGUACCCCGCGAAGUCGGGGAGCAUCUCCGGGGACCCGUCCCUCCACCCCCGGAAAUGAGGGUGGAAUUAAAAUCGAAAUAUCGAGGUGAACCCGAGGCCUGCAUGACUACGGGAGACGGGUCGGAGAGAGUCACGGAGCGAAAUGUUUUUGAGGAACUGAUAAGGCGUUCCUGAAGAAUACCUGAAUUUGUAGAAGAAGACCUGAAGACCAGCCGAGGAACUUUGAAAAAUACCGGAAGAACCUUUAAGACCCCUGAAGAAUCCUGGACACCUGACGAACCUUGAUGAAAUCCUGCAGGAACACCUAAACCACACAAAAAAUGGCCCUCCUGACCUCGACAGUCGCAUGGAACUGAAAUCCAGGAAUCGGGGCACCCUCAAAUCCACCCUCUUCGAGAAGCCACCCAGAAGAAGGCUGCGCAGCGAGUCCCGUAGUUCUUCUUCCUCCUCUUCAGGGCUCGGGAGGGGCCCUGAAGAGUCCCUGAACGCCUCCCAGGGAUGGCUCUCCCGCUCGCCAGAGACUCGAGGAGGUCCUGAGGGAAGUCCUCGAGAUUUGUCCAGGACUCUGGGUCGGUCUCCGAUGGACCAUGUACACGUGAAGGCGAGGUCCACCUCGAGGAGCAACCCCUCGAAGAUGGCCUGCGAGAAGGCCUCGCGCCGCCUCCGAACCGUCCUCUUCAAGGCCUCCCGACUUGGCGUCAAUGGCGCCGAGGUCGCAAAUUUGACAUCUGCCAAGAGACUUCUGCCAAGAAGAGACCACGGCUGGAAGCUCGCCGUGUUCCUCGUCCUGAUGCUCGCGGGGGGUGUCAUCGUCGCCCUUGUUUGCACAGCCAGGGAGGGCUGCUCCAGGAUAGAGGACAUCAACCUGGCGACAUAGCCACCUGCCGGUUUUUCCCGCAUUCAUCGAAAACUUUCGGCACGAAACUUGCGGAACCGCGUGCGGCCCGAAGGACGCGGAAAAGCGAAGGGAGGAUGCAGUCGCCGAAAGGGGAACGGAGGAAAGCCCAAAAUCGUGGAAGAGGGCUUCGAGUGCGUUCAUUCGCGUUCAUGUUUUCCGCAGGCCGACGAAAGCGGUGAUUUUCCGCAGAAUUAUCCGCAAAACGGAGAGUUGCGCCGGGAAAGAAAAUUCGACUGGCGUAGAUCCCAGCGACGGAAAUCAACCGUCACUUUUCAGACAUUUUUCCGCCUAGGAAAACUGACUUUUUGCUAAACCUACGAUAAGAGAUGAUAAGCGUACGAUAGCGUGAUAACCGAAGAUAGCCGGAAUUCGGAUAGUUGGCCCCGGAAUUUGCGGUAUUUUUAUUAAGUCCUUCCUCUCGUAGCGAGUAACUGUGAAAGUCAUUCCCGAUAAGACCGAACAGGUCUCCAUUUUUAUCAUUUCGACCGAUGGAAAUAGAAUAAUUAGGUUUAGGUAGAAUGUUGUCAAGCUAGGGGCGCAGUGUAAAUUUAUUUAUGCGCAGGGACGAGGAAGGCUCGAUUAGUUAAUCGAUCGCGCCCUCAAAGGCCCUCGAGGCAAAAUAGGAUUUUCCGAAAGUACUCGGGAGGCCCCCUUGAUCUCGAUCAUUUUCAUACCCAUAAUUAAUUACCAAUUUCCAGGUAAGCGUAAUCCUAGCUAGGAUGGACCUAUCCCAUAAAUCCGAAUCAGCGAGGUGUUCCAAAAGAAAGCCCGAUAGCGGGGUCAAAAUUUCGAUCGUCGAUCGAUUUAGAUCUCCAAAAUGGAACCUCGAUCUCAAAGUCUCGAAAACCCUUGUAAAUACCGAGCGGAUGCUUUCGAGCGAUGUAGUAUUACUUAAAGAUACGUGUGUGCCAGUGUAUGAGCGAGUUUUUUAAAAGGACAUGGCGAAAUUUCGAUAACUGAAUCCUAAGACGACGUGCUGAGAAGAAGGAAAACAGAGAGAAAGAAACAGGGUAGACAAUGGGGACCAUCGACGAGAUCAUUUCCUGAAUAUUUUCGCUUUUCCCGAAUUUCUCACGUCCUGGCGACUAAUUUCGAUAAUCGAGCCUCUUAUCGUAUGAAAUUAAUUUAAUAGUUAUAUUUACUUUUAUUGGACGAAUCUUUUUUUCUCUCUUUUUUUUUCUUCUUACCUCUUUAUAAGAUUACUUGCUCGCGUGGAACGCGUCGAGGGGUUGCUCGGGCGAGACGAUUAGUUUAAUCGACACCCCCUUGUAGGCACCUCGAAUGUUUCCAGGGGAUGAAGAAGCAAGGGUGCCGUAUCGCACCCCGACGAGUGGCUAAGCCACCUGUUACUCUUCCUUCGGGCUCAUCGAUCCAAGGUGGAGGGUGGGACCCGAAAUAAAGUCCAAGGUUCCGAUUGAUAAGCGGCCGUCGUGACUCUUUUCGCCAAAGAGAGAUUCGCGCCAUUGUACGUCGUCGUUGGAAUAAAAUGUCACACUC